AUGGCAAACGAAUACGACCGACAGCUAGAUAUCCGACGAAGCGAGGGUCUGCACCUGCAUGGCUCCGCAGCAGAAUGCAGGAAACUCCUGCAACCAGGCAGCACAAGCAAGAGAGCAACCACGCGAGGCCAUGGCUAUGAUGGCCACGUUAAAACCGGUAUGUGA